CCUCUAUAUAUUUGAAAUUCUCUAAAUAUCAGCAUUUUCUUUGAUUUGGGUCAUGAUAUUUAUAUAUAAAUAUAGCUGUUUUGGGUGUUCAAUUGUGAACAUUUUUCCUGGUUUUUUGUGGAUCCCCUUUUCAUAGUUGAUGCUUUCUACUUCAGUCUGGACUAAAGAUCUAUCUUUGAGGAAAUAAACAAACACGGUGAACUGAUCGAUGGAUGUCUCAUCUGGGAAAUGGUUGACAGAACAGGAAAUGGAGGAUCCCACCUUCAUACAUCAAUACCAGAUGCCGCCUUUUGAUAACUCACUUGAUGGGUUCAAUUUUGACUCUUUUUCUUCUGAGAGCAACUCAUCUUACCCAUCUUUCAGUCCCGAAACCACACCCAACUUUUGCGGUUCAACCAUUGAAUAUUUUCAGGCGGCCGGCGUUGUAGGGAGGCCAUCAAAACAGCUCAAGACCAAUAGUUGGGACUCCUGCACUGCGGAACCCAUUACCUCCAGAAAAUCUUCGUCCUCCUCCGUCCAACUAAUUUCUUUUGGGAACUCGAAUUUACCACCACCUACUGAUACCCUGAAGUUCCACGGACACCAAGACAAAAAGGCGAAGCCUAAAAAUGAGGCUUCGUCUGACAGAAAUAUGAAAUUUGCAUCUUUGAUUUCUGAGGGCUCAUAUGAGAACCAAAACUAUUCACCAAAAUCCGGCGACAGGACCAAGCGGGUUAGUUCAACUACUAGGAAUCCUUUAAACAACCACGAUCAUGUAGUAGCGGAGAGAAAGCGCCGAGAAAAGCUCACCCAGCGGUUUAUAGCUCUUUCAGCCCUUGUUCCGGGCCUAAGAAAGACGGAUAAGGUUUCUGUCCUUGGAGAAGCUGUCAAGUAUUUGAAACAGCUUCAAGAACGAGUGAAGAUGCUCGAGGUACAGACGGCAACGAAAACCAUGGAAUCAGUGGUCUCUGUGAAGAAAUCUCAGCUCUGUGAUAAUGACCACUCUUCAUCUGAUCAGAACUCUGAUAGCUGCUCCAACCAAACACUCUUAGAAAUUGAAGCAAGAGUCUUUAAUAAGGACGUACUCAUUAGAAUCCACUGCGAGAGACAAAAGGGAUUUACUGUGAAAAUACUUGAUGAAAUCGAGAAACUCCAUCUAACCGUCGUCAAUAGCAGUAGCUUGCCAUUUGGGAAUUACAUUAUGGUUAUUACAGUUGUUGCUCAGAUGGAAGACGAAUUUUGCAUGACCGUGGAGGACCUCGUCAGAAACCUCCGAUUGGCUUUUUCUACGCUUCAUAUGAACUGAAGAACCAAAUCAUUUUUUAAUUAGCAUUGCCGUCUGUUUUUUGUUUUUUUUUCCUUUAGGUAUAACCUGAAGUUAUUGUCUCGUCUUCACACCUCCUAAGAGAAAUUAAUGCCUGUAAAAAGCUAUCUUCACCUUACACCACCGGUGAUCACCAUGUCUACUUGGCUGCUGAGGUUCAGUUUAGCAGUAGGGUUAUUGUUUGUGUUUGUCUUUUCCUGGUUGGCCAGAUUCAAUUACCCCACGUGCUAUAAAAAAUAAAAAGGAAAGUUGCAGCUUUUUUUGAGGUAUUUAUUUAUGUUUAGAGUGGUUUCAUACCUCAACGGCCCCUCCUCCCUUCUUUCCCGUUGUAUUAUGUAAGUGGUGUCGUGACUUGGAGGGAUAUCAGAUGAGGAUGGCACUUCCUUUUAGGGGACGGGACGUUUCUUAGGGUCUAAAAGAAUUAUUUCUUGGCCUCUGACAGAAGUUUCUCUGUAUUUAUCUUUAAGACUAUGAUUUCAAUAAUUCAAUAGAUGUUAUCUUGUUGGAUA